AUGAUGAGAAAUGCUGGUAUUUGGGAACAUAUUCAACCAACCUCCGAACGUGUUCUUGCCGACCAAAAGGAGCGCCAGAUUCAUCAGGAAGGCCGAAUCGGGUGCCUCGCUCAGAAUGAACCUGAUAAGCAGCGCAAAAUUAGGAGUAGGAAGCUCGAUCCUGUGAGGUCUAUCUGCAGAUAUGAUGAUGAGAGCUCAAGAUAUGGGCUUUCUAACAACACCCCCGGCUUCCUCGUCUAUCGGAAACUCAACGAUAAAUUUUCAACCGCACGGGAAUACGAUAUAUUCCUCAAGUGGAGAGACAGUCUGUCGGUAACUACCGUGCCUAAGUACAAACCGGAGGUUAGUUACUACUGGUUAUGA